AUGGCAGCUACAGUCAUACCGGAGAUGGAAUAUUGCUUUCAGGAAAGUCAAGAACACCGCUGUAUGUGCACGCCGUUGCCACCACCUCACUCAACAUGCCAGGCGCAUUCACACGAAGAAAGCAAUGGUCAAUGGUUGCCUUGCGAUCCCAUCUACUACUCGCGGGACUGCCAGCACCAGGUCGAGAUGUUGCCUUUUGAGACAAUCGCGGCUCAACAGGCUCCUUUUCCGGGCUUUUUCGUCGUGGAGGCAGUGGCCCCCGCAGAAGACGACAUGGGGGUAACGAACCAGCCAUCAAUCACUCUUUCGUUCGAUGAUAAAAAUGAUCAGAUCGGAAGUUGGACGAAUCGGGAGCGGAAGGGCAAAGCGGUAACGACGAUUCAUUUCUCCGAAAGCGGUAGCAGUAGCAGCCAGUCGGUAGCUGCUAAGGCCAGGGGCAGGCGCCUUGUCCGGCGGCUGGGCUCUACGGCGCCCAGCAUCAGCAGCCUGGCUCCGAACUGGAUGCCAGAGGAACUCAAGCGCUACUUUCGCAAAUACAGCCGCAAGGGCCACAGUGGCAGCCCGCGCCAUUCACCUGCCAGACCAGGGAGGUCGUCAGCGAGCCGCAAGCGCAAGAAAGCCACGUCGCCAGAGCGCCCACACUCGAGCGUCGCGACUCACCACGCGUUUCUGGCUUUCCUGGUCGUCGCGGUGACAAUGCUUCUGGUGGGCGUCAGCGCAGACCUGUACGCAACCUUGUCGCGAGGGGAUGGUCGACAUCCUUUCCGUAGGACUCCCGCUCCGCUAGAGCCUUUUCAGAAAAACGUGUAUGCUGAGGCGACGUUGUCGGCAGCACGGCACAGAAACGACGAGGCCCCUAGUUUCGUCAAGGACCGCCAGGCACUCGCGAAAUACACGGCUCGACCUGCUCAGCGUGCUAUGAAAAGCACGCUACGUUCCCCGUUUCAUAUCACCGAGAGUAGCGCUGAAGAAACAACUCAAGAGAUAGGUGUCAGUUCCGCCAGCGACAAUGAAGAGGGUGAAGUUACAGGAUCUGAAGGUAACGAGGACAUGAAGGCUGCUGCUUCGAACGAAACACGCACACGGUCACCUUGCGACGCCUUCGCCUUCACCUUCUGCGAAAGUCCGCGCAACGAAUUCUUUUACAGGCGCUCCUUAAAUGCUUGCGUGGCGGUGGCCACUGGCACGGUCGGCCUUUGCAUCAGCGGCCGUAACCGGUUCACUUCCAAGAGGAGCUGCCAACAGACAUGCGUCGAUGCAGAGAGCAGCCCCGAGCACUGCCUCGUCGAUGCGGUAUUCAGGAAAUGCGAAAAGCAGGACGUUACAGGCGAGUGGUGGCACUUCGACGGCCAUUCGUGCCUCGAGUGGAACUUCACAGCUGGCCUGUGUCCUUCGUACCACAGCGACGUGUUCUCAUCACGGCGUGACUGCUGGGUCAAUUGCUUGGCCAAGCCCCGCAAGCGGCUCUGUCGGGCGGCCACCCCCGACGUUUGUUACAGCGCACACCUCAGGUUUCCAUAUUUUGCAGCUGGUGGCUCAGUGGCGCAGUGCCUCAAGGUGUCAUCGCUGAGCUAUCCCGGACGCCGCUGCCUGAUCGAAUUUACUCGAGAGUGGAGUUGCCCGACAACCGACGUCGCCGCCAUAAUGGGCGUCUUGUGUACACACCUUGGGCUGCUCGUGUGGAAGUGCUACGUGAUCGUGCUGAAACGUCACUGGGUCGCCUUCGCGAUGGAGCUAUUGGCGCCCGCCGCGGUGUCCCUGACGCUUGUCUUCGCCCGCCAGAAUAUGGAGUACGCGCACGUGCGAAACGUGACGCACUUCGAGCCGUUCUCCUUGCAAAGGCUACCGCCACGAUUCCACGUGCCACCACCCAGUGCGUCUCGCUGGUUGCUGCUCUACGCGCCGGAAACCAAUGCCACCAGAGCUGUUCUCGAGGCACUGGCCGAAAACUCAAACCCUCCCCUCGCUGCGCAAGGAUUCGAGACUGAAGAGGCUAUGGUUGACCACUACACGGCUGCCAUGGCACACCGGGACUCGAUCCUUGGAGGCGUCGUGUUUAUCCGACUUAAGGCAGCUCCCCGUAUGAAGCUGUCGCAGGCGGAGCCGUACCAGUCAUGGAGCACCGAUAGCAACUUUCCUAUGCUGCCCUUGUUCUCUCCACGUCAUCCUGAGACGAAGUUUGAUGGUAGUCCAGGCUACGUGACCGAGGGUUUCCUGUACCUGCAGAGACAGGUGUUCAGACACACACUGGAGUACCUGCAGACUCAGGAGCAGCAUCACCCUGACCGGAACUUGCCCGUCACGCACCUGCGUCUGCAGCGGUUUCCGCUUCCGCCGCACUCGGUGGACGGCUUCUAUUUUAUCGUUCAGUACUUCCUGCCCAUCAUUGUCCUGCUCAGCUACAUCUACCCUGCGCUGGCCGCCGUCCGCCAGGUCGGCUACGAGAAGGAGUCGGGCAUGAAGGACCUGCUAGAGAUGAUGGGUGUGAACCCGUGGCUCAACUAUGCGGCCUGGUUCAUCACCACAGUGGCCGUGAUGACGGCUAGCUCCGGGCUUCUGGUGAUAGUAGUGUCUGCGCCUAUCUCGAGCAACGGACCUGUGCUGCGCAACAGCGACCCGGCCGUCUUCUUCCUGCUGCUUGUAGCGUAUUCAGCCAGCACAACCUCGUUCUCAUUCUUCGUUGGAUCAUUUUUCAACAAUGCGAACACGUCGGCGGCGGCGUUGGCCGUGGCUUACAUCUCGACCUUCUCGCCGUUCCUGUUCUUCUUCUCGCUGAACAACGACCACACGUUGCCCACCCUGGUGGCCGCCUGCCUCCUGUGCAACACUGCGCUGCCCGUCGGCAUCACCGUCACCACGCUGCUCGAGGCCAGCGGUGACGGCAUACAGUGGCGCAACAUGGACGUGAAUCCUAACCCCGGUCAAAGCCUGUCGCUGAUGUCGGUGAUCCUGUUGCUUAUCUUCGAUACCUUUAUGUACAUCGUGGUGCUGUGGUACGUCGAAGUGCUGGCUGCUAGUCAGCCGAGGAUCAGCUGGCGUCGGUCCCUGGUUAAGCCGGAAGACCUCGCCACUUCUGCCGCGGACGCUGAGAAAAAGGACGCUGCGCAAAAGAAAAACUCGGAAAUAUUCUUCGAAGAGUUUGUCUCUAAGGAGCCUGCCGGAGUUCGCCUCGUCAACCUUACCAAGGUGUACGGCAAGACUACGGUGGUGAGCAAUAUGAACUUGGAAGCGUCCAAAGGGUACAUAACCGUUCUACUCGGCCACAACGGCGCUGGCAAGACGACCACCAUGCGAAUGAUCACCGGUGAGUGCCUAGCUCCUUCGAGCGGCUCGGUGUUCAUCGAAUCCCAGGACGUGAACGUCAACAGCCGAGCGGCGCAUGAAAGCCUGGGCGUGUGUCCGCAGAAUGACAUCCAUUUCCGGGACAUGACCGUCUUCGAGCACCUCUACUUCUUCUCAAGGCUCAAGAAAGUUCCCUACAACGAUGCGCACGAGCAGACGUUCAACCUGCUCAUUCUCAUGAAUAUGGUGUCGAAGGCGUACACUUUCGCCAAACACUUGUCCGGCGGCAUGAAGCGAAAGCUGUCCAUAGCCAUCGCUCUUAUAGGACACUCGAAGGUUGUCAUCUUGGACGAGCCAACGGCUGGCAUGGACCCGGCGGCCCGGCGCGACAUGUGGGACUUGCUCCUGGCAGAGAAGGUGCAGCGCACCAUACUGCUGACCACGCAUUCGAUGGAAGAGGCCGACGCCAUUGGCGACCGUAUCGCCAUCAUGUCCAACGGCGUUGUCCAGUGCUGCGGAUCGCCCUUCUUUCUGAAGAAAAACCUCGGUUCGUUGUGUGCGGGCUAUCACAUGGCGAUCGUGAAAAAGCCGACUUGCGACACGCGCGCCGUGAUGGAAGUCGUGAUUUCGUUCGCGCCAUCGGCCGAGCUCGAGAGCAACGUGGGCACAGAGAUGGCGCUGCGCAUCGGGCGCUGCGAUCAGCCAGCCUUCAAGCACCUCUUCAGUCAUCUCGAAGAGAACAAGGAGAAGCUAGGCAUCGCCAGCUUUGGUGUCUCCGUCACCACUCUCGAAGAGGUUUUUCUGAGGGUUGGUGACUACGCGGCCAGAGCAAUGUCCAGAUUGCGCGUGCCCGAGCCCGACCAACUGCGCGACACUGAAGCCGACACGCUUCUGGGUGCGUUGAGCUUUUCGGAUUCAUUGCGGCACGGCAGCCCGGAGGAUGGCAGCGGGCCUCCACGGCGCAACGGCGGCUCGCGGCUCCUGCUGCAGCAGACGUGGGGCAUGCUGGUGCUGCACUCUCUGCACAGCCGGCGCAACUGGGCCUUCACGCUGUCGCAGCUGCUCGUGCCGAUAUUCGUGGUCUCCUUCACGCUCACCUGGAUCGACAGCCUGCCCAAGGUGCACAAGCCGGGACCCCGCGUGCUCGACGUCAACCUGGUGUUCUCCAGCGACGCACCGUACGCUUUCCACGGAGGGGCUUCCGCCUCACUCGCCAAACAAUUCAAAAAGCAGUUCUCCAGCAAGGUUACUCCAGUACUGGUGGAGGCGGGAAGCGUGGAAAGCUACCUGGUGAACGCAUCUGCGCUGGAAGGCAAUAGCUUCCUGACAAGCACGCUGAUUGCGGCCAGCUUUGAGGACGAGGCUUCCGGUGGCAACGUUCGCUCAGCGCGGCUGCUGUUCAACAACCAGGUGUACCACACGCCGGCGCUCGCCCUCGCCGCCUACCAGAGGGCGUUGCUGCACGAGACGUUCGACAACGCGUCACUCAAGCUCACCGUGGUCAACCAUCCGUUUCCCAGGGUGGUCGAAGAGAAGGCCAACAAGCUGAUAACGAUGCUGCGCGAGAGCUUCCAGAUCGGCCAGCAGGCUAUUUUCGGCACCUCGUUUCUUAUCGCCAGUUUCUCGGUGUUCCUGGUGGUGGACCACGUGAGCAACUCCCGCCAUCUGCAGCGCAUCUCGGGCCUCAACAUGAUCGCCUACUGGGUAGCCUACGCCAUUUGGUCGCUGCUGCUUUACAUCUCCUCUUGCCUGCUCGUCAUGACCACCUUCAGACUCUUCAACACCCAGGGAUUCACUGACCCACGCGAACAGGCGGUGAUGUUCCUGCUGUUCUCAUACUUCGGCCUCUCGUGGCUGCCCACGAUUGCGGCGAUGUCGUUCUUCUUUCGAACGCACACGGCCGCCUACGUUCGGAUCGGGACGGUCUUCUUCGCCGCAGGCGUGAGCGGUCUGGUGAUGGUGGCGGUGCUCGAGUGGAGGAGGGAGCCCGAUCUAGAGGACCUUAUCGACAGCACCGACUUCGUGUUCACGUACGUGCUGCCGAUGUACGCCCUGGGGCGAGCCUUUAGCCGCCUGUACCGCAACGCGCACUACAACAUCGUAUGCAACGACUACUACACGCAGAAUGUCCUCUGCGAGAUCGCGCCCAACCGGGCACGCUACUGCUGCAAGGACUACUGCCGCGCGAGCGAGUGCAUCGACUGGCAGCCGGACCUGCUGUCGUGGGGCUCGCCGUGCAUCACGCGUGCACUGACGUCGUUCAUCCUGCACGCGAUGCUGGGACUCGUUGUGCUGUGCGCCUGCGAGACGAACGCAGGCUUCUUCACCGAACGGCUCACCGUCAGCGGCUCGGCUAGUAGCAAGUCGAUCUCAUCCAACGAGGAGGUGCAGGACGACGACGACGUGGCGGAGGAGAAGCAGCGCAUCCUCACCUCGACCGUGCCGGAGCUUGCGAAGCGCGACGUGCUGGUGCUGCGGCGGAUGUCGCGCUUCUACGGCUCCUUCUGCGCCGUGCGCGAGCUCUCUUUCGGCGUGCGCAAGGGCGAGUGCUUCGGCUUGCUAGGCAUCAACGGGGCCGGCAAGACGACCACCUUCAACAUGCUCACGGCCACCAUCAAGCCCAGCGAGGGUGACGCAUUCGUCGACGGCUAUUCGGUCACCAACAAAACGAAGCAGGUUCUCCGAAGGAUCGGCUACUGCCCGCAGACAGACGCCCUGCCGGACUUCCUGACAGGCCGCGAGGUGCUGACGUUGUACGCGCGCAUCCGGGGCAUACCAGAGAGCCGGCUCGGGGACGUGUGCCGCGCGCUCGCGCAGCUCUUCUACUUCACGCCACACCUGGACAGCACACUGGACACCUACAGUGGCGGCAACAAGCGCAAGGUGAGCACAGCCGUGGCGUUUAUCGGCAGCCCGCAGCUGGUGAUUCUGGACGAGCCGUCCACCGGCAUGGACCCGGUGGCCAAGCGAUGCGUCUGGCACACUCUGCAGGAGCUCAUCGUCCGCGGCUGCAGCAUCAUUCUCACCUCUCACAGCAUGGAGGAGUGCGAGGCCAUGUGCAGCCGUCUGGCGAUCAUGGUGAACGGCUGCCUGUGCUGCCUCGGAUCGCCGCAGCACCUCAAAAACAAGUUCGGCAGCGGCUACUCCAUCAUGAUCAAGGUGGCCGGUGCCAAGCCGUCGGUCACUUCGCUCACGUCGUUCAGCUCGUACAGCAGCAAGGAGGACUCGCUGGGCACCGAGAUGGAGGGCGUCAAGAGCUACAUGCAGGCGCGGCUGCCGGGCAUCGAGCUGAUUGGUGCACACAACGGACUGCUCGAGUUCCACCUGUCGGCGCCCGACCUGAGCUGGGCCGAAGUGUUCGACGUCAUGGACCAGGCCAAGAGCGUCUUCAAUGUCGCCGAUUACUCGGUGGCGCAGCUCACGCUCGAGCAGGUCUUCCUACACUUCGCCAUGCUUCAGCGAGAGCACCACAAGUGA